AUGUCAAAGUGGAUUUCAACUUGCCUGCUGUGGCUGCUGCUCAGCUCUGCGCUGCUGCAGGCGCAGCUGCUAAAGGACAUGCAGAGCCUGGAGGAUUUUCGUCAGCGCUAUCUACAGCCGCUUUUUGCUACUGGCACGCGCAAUUGCUCCAUCAAUGCCUGCGAGUCGCUGCGCAUCGUUUCACAGCUGCUGAUACUGCUGAAGACGCUGCCCAAUGUUGAAGCGGCAGCUGGCCGAGCUGCAAGCAAAACAAUUAUGGGACAUGCAGAGGCUGUCAGUGGCAGCGAAGCGAGUGUUAUCUUAAACUUACCCGAGUUUGAUAAGCGUGUGCGUCAGAUCGAGAGUCGUCUGCGUUCGGUGGAGCAGCCAGUGUGGCAUUUGGCCACGGGCAGUCAGCUGGAGUGGAAUCACUGCACCUCGGGCAUUUGUCGCUGCAAUCCGGACACCAAGAGCUUCACCUGUUGGAAUACGAAUCUCAAAACUGUGCCUGUUACCCAAGUUAUACCCAUGAAUAUGGUGGCCAUUGAUCUGUCGCGCAAUGCGCUGUCCACUUUACACAAAGAUACAUUUCGUGGUCUGACGCUACUCAAGGAGCUGGACUUGAGCAACAAUGUGCUGGACUUUUUGCCGUUUGAUUUAUUUCAGGAUUUGGACAGUCUGCUGCAGCUUCGCAUACAAAACAAUCAGCUGGAGGACAUUGAUGCGCGCACUUUCUGGAAACUACGCAAUCUAAAUUUGCUUGAUCUGAGCCAGAAUGAUGUAACGUUGCUGCCCGAGUCUGUUUUCUAUCAUGCUCAGCGUCUAACUGUUAUCAAUCUAAGCGAUAAUCAGAUUACAAACUUUCCACCAAACUUGCUGCGCGAUCAGCUGCUGCUGGAGGAGCUGGACAUGUCCAGGAAUCGCAUAGAGACGCUCGCAUCGGGCAGCAUGCGCUACAUGACAAAGUUGAAGACUCUAGACUUUGGCUGGAAUCAAAUUGCUAAGAUCGAUGAUGACUUCUUUGAGGGUUUGAUCAGUCUGCGCAGUCUAAUGUUGCACAAUAAUCGCAUUACCACUUUAAGUGGCAACAUCUUUAGCAGACUAACUAAUCUGUAUACGCUGGAUUUGACUAUGAAUCGCAUUAGCCAUAUUGAUGGCCGCACCUUUGCCGAGCUUAAAAGUUUGAAUGAGCUGCUGCUCGGCCAAAACUCGUUGUCCAGCAUACCCGCAGAUUUAUUUCUCAAUGCCAGCGCUUUGACUCGUCUAACGCUCUUCAGCAACAAUUUGACUACACUGGAGGCCAAUGACUUUGAGGGCUUGUCCAGCCUGCGCAUACUAAUGCUGAACAAUAAUGUGCUCAAGUUCUUUGAUGCGCGCGCCUUUCAGCCGCUCAGCCAACUGGAGAAACUCCGCAUCGAUUCCAACAAGUUGAUGUAUUUGCCACAAGGCGCGCUGCAUGGGCUGGAUAAAUUGCUGGCCGUUAAGCUGGACAAGAAUCCGUGGCACUGCGACUGUCGUGCUUUGUAUUUGGCGCGCUGGAUACGCGAGUUUGUGGCCAAGCUGUGGGAUGGCCAGCAGCCCAUGUGUCGUGGUCCUGGCGAUCUGGGCGGGCAUGAGGUUGGUUUACUGCGCUAUGAUGAUCUCUGCGAUGGGCAGUGGGCCAGCAUGUUGUCGCUCUCACCGCGUUUGCCUGUGAGGAAGCAUCAGAUUUCCACACCAAUGAACUAUACGGACUACUUUAAUUUGUAUUUGAAGCAUAUUUACAACUCGACGACGGAUGAGGAGCUCAAGGGCGCCGAGAUAACCAAUGUGGCUAUCAAAAAGGUGCAGCAGCUAGUCGAUUAAAUAUAAAGUUUAAACAUAAUUGUUGCUAGCCAUG